AUGCUCCCCACCACGCUGAAGGACACUCUUUGGUUCUUUUCGACAUAUUGCUUAUGUCAAAGUUAUCAAGCCCGGGACGCCUUUGCUGAAUGUCUAGCGUCUGCAGAGCACGAGAUUAACAAGGCGCCGGACAAGUCGGACAUGUUUGUCACGACGUCCCGUUUAUACAAGUGGCAUUUGGCCAGGUAUUUCUGCAAGCUUCCAAUCCGCACCGUGGUCUUGGAGUUGGGAGUCUACCAUGGGCAUUCCACGGCCGUGUUAGCCGCCAUUUUUCAGCAAGUAAUUGCCGUGGAUAUCAACGAGGCAUACUUGAAAAUAGCCGCGAGUAAUGACCGGAAUCAUUCCAACAUAGCCUUCCUCGCUGUUGACUUGAUGGCUGCAGGAUGGCAGAUGUUCGCAAGCAGUGGAGUUCAAGCCGUUGUUGUUGAUGCCGAUCACCGCUACGAGUAUGUGCGUCAAGAUGCUUACAACGCCCUGUCAUAUCUGCGAGAACUUGAAUAUGUGGUAUUCGACGACUUUGGCCACGAGGUUGGUGUCCAGCGAACCGUACGUGAGCUUAAGAGGGACGGCGCCCUUGUGGACUGUCGUGGAAUCGGUAACGGCUGGAACGGAUCAUGGUGGGAAUACCAGAAUUGGGAUGAACAGACUGGCCAACAAUUUACCAGUUGGACAAAUGAGUCCGAAGGUAUCAUCUGCAGACGAGGCAACUUUUCGGCUUCGGGCUUGGCACCUGAUUUUGUGGACCAGCGCUUCUAUGUGUAUAAGCAGCCAUUGCAACACUUUUGUCCCACUAGUAUUCUACGCCUUCUGCCUGGCCACAGGCUCGUCACAAGCUUGUGGGGGGAUGGCACGUGGAGAAAGGCUAAUGAUGGGCGAGAUGCUCUUCUUCUGGAGCUGCAGGGACUGUCGGACACGCCGGUCGAACUCCUGUUUAACUCUCCGAGGUCAGCUUUUGUCUUAUCGCAGUUCGGGGAGGCGAGAACUGAUUGGUUUGGCAUCCGGGAUCACUUCGUUUUCGAGCCUUUCCAGCGUGCAACACGGCAGUUCGACGAGUGA